AUGUCUUUCGGCUUCGCCCCGGCCCCUCCGCCCCAAAACCCCACAGCGCCAGGCUACACCACCAACAUCGAAUUCCAACUCGAUCCAAUCGACCCAGGUGACGGAGCAGCCAAUCGUGAUGCAAUCCUGGCGGAACAGCAGCGUAUCCUUACAAUCUUCAACGACUGGUUUAUCGCCCAAAAACUCAAACUGCUGGGGCAAGUCAACGCCCGAGUACCCCAGAUAUCAAGCGAACAAUCCAAUAGAGAUCAAUUACAAAUGUUGAUCAAAGAUAUCGCAGAAACAAAUGUUAAUAAAGCUACUAUGACCGGUUUGAUAAAUAACUUUGGACAACAGUAUUGUAAAUUCAUUACCGAACGCGACGCCGUCGAAGCCCAACGCCAACUAAACGAAAUCGAAAAGGCUCGCACGCAAGGAAUCGAUUUCCUCCCACCCGCUGCCCAAACCUACGUCCGCGUCUGUCAAGUUGGUGUGAUUCUCUCCCUCGGCGGCACCUUCGGUACUCUAAUAGCAAUCUGGACCGGCGCCAAUGCCGUAACCACCGGUCUCCAAUCCGCCAAAACCGCCGGUCUCCAACUCCUCGUCAUGGGUAUACUCCAAUUCAUCUGUUUAUGCAUGCGAACCGUUGUCGUCAUGAACGUGGGAAAGCUUAUGAUCCCACCCGAAUCAUACGGGAAGGAUAAACUUUUUAUCACACGCAUCUGGGAUGUUUAUAUUGUGGUUGUUUUGACUACGAUUAUUAGCUUUGGAGCAUGGAUGUGGACUAAGAGUAAUGUGAAUUUUGGGAAAGUAAACUUAGGUGGAGGUAAAGGUGGAGUCGGGUAUGUCAAUAAUGAUAAGGCUGCCGCUGAUGCUCUUAGUGCUGCUGCUGCCGCGGCGGCCUCUGCGGCUACGGCGGCUGUUUCUAAAGUGCUGCAAGGGAAUAUCAAUGGUAUUAAAGCUACGAUGUCGGAAAAUGUAAACGUUAAGGCUAUGGCAACGGGAAUGAAGGAUGUUAUGACGGGAUCGACUACGAGAGGUCUUUUGGCAACUUCGACGAAGGUUUUCAAUGCAACUGCGACGACAUUUUUGACGGCUACGAGACGUUAG